AUGACGAUUGGUGACGCAUUUUCUCCUACAAAGCUACCUUCCGCAGAAGAAGACGACGACGACGGGAUAUGGGACUCAGUCUCUGAGCCUCCGGCCGAGCUACUUGAUGAGUUGCCAGUGCCAUCGGCCUCCAUUUUGCGCAAGCUGAAGGAUGUCUUUGGACUGUCUGGUUUCCGCACAAAUCAGCUUGAGGCGAUCACUGCUGCACUCGACGGGAAAGAUGUAUUUCUGCUCAUGCCUACUGGUGGCGGGAAGAGUUUGUGCUACCAGCUGCCGGCAGUCUGCAGUUCUGGGACAACCAAGGGUGUCACGGUCGUUAUCAGCCCAUUGCGGUCGCUCAUGACAGACCAGGUUGAGUCGCUUCAGGCCAAGAACGUUGAUGUUGUAUACUUCAGCUCCGACCAGAGUCGAGACGAGAGCGACGAGGUUCAGCACCGCCUACGUUCGAAUGGGCAGAAGCCAAGCCUUCUCUACCUGACUCCGGAGAAGAUCAAGCACAGCGACGCCUUGAAGCGUGACCUGACAGACUUGUAUGAAUCCAAGAUGUUGGCACGAUUCGUUGUUGAUGAAGCGCAUUGUAUAUCAUCGUGGGGCCGACAAUUUCGAGAUUCGUAUGGGGCCUUGGCGUAUCUCAGGAAAACCUUCCCUGACGUCCCUAUAAUGGCUCUAACCGCCACCGCUACUGGGGAAGCCAAGAACGAUAUCAUCGCGCACCUGGGCAUUCGUGGUUGCAUCGAACUCACGCAAUCGUUUAACCGUCCGAACCUCAACUACGAAGUGCGGUUGAAGAAGAAGAAGGUCACCGACGAGAUAGUUGAUUUCAUCGUGACGAAACACAAGAACGAGAGCGGCGUCAUCUAUUGCUCCAGCAAAGUCAAAUGCGAAGAAGUGGCGAAGAAUCUCAGGGACAAGUACGGUCUUAAGGCACGACACUAUCACGCUGGUCUAGAUGACCGCGAUAGGACGGUGACCAUGCAAGAGUGGAAGCGCGGGGAUUUCAAAAUCGUCGUUGCGACGAUUGCUCUUGGGAUGGGUAUCGACAAGGGGAAUGUGCGAUUUGUGAUUCAUUAUGCUAUGCCGAGUUCGCUCGAAGGUUAUUAUCAGGAAACUGGCCGCGCAGGCAGGGAUGGGAAACCUGCAGAUUGUAUCCUCUACUAUAGUGGGAGUGACGCUCAUCCAGUCUGGCGGCGAAUCAACGAAGAGAGCAUCCCUGAAACAGAGAAGGAGAAGCAAAGGGACACUUUCCGUCGCGUCAUCCAGUUCUGUGUGAACAACGUCGACUGUCGUCGCAGGCAAGUUCUUGGGUUCUUCGGCGAAGUGUUCGACUCCGCCUCUUGCCGUAAGGGCUGCGAUAACUGUCGUGAUACUACCGACAUUGAGAAGAAGGACAUGAGAAAGGCCGCAGUAGACAUAAUCAACCUCGCGAAAUCCAUGAUCCUCAAGCACAAGGAACGUAUCACACGAAUCCAGUUUUUGGACGUGAUCCGCGAAAGGGCACUGCGAAGCAAUCCUUGA